ACAUACAAGCAAGCGCCCAAAACACACAAAAUUAACGAGUUAAGCUAUAAGAGAGUUGAGAGUUGGGGUUAAUUAAAGUUUUGGCUCGGAUAUCUAUGGUUAUGAUCAAAAUGUUUGAUGUUUACUUGAUGAUUGUAAUGUUGAUGGGUUUGGGGUUUACUAUAGGGUUAUCAAAUGGGCACAAGUUUGAUGUUGGUGGGAGAGAUGGUUGGGUCCUUACUCCUUCCGAGGAUUACUCUCACUGGUCUCACCGAAACCGGUUUCAAGUCAACGACACUCUUUAUUUUAAGUACGUGAAGGGAAAAGAUUCAGUGUUGGAUGUGAGUGAAGAAGAGUACAAGACAUGCAACACGACUCACCCUUUGGCUUCCCUCUCUGGCGGUGACUCUCUCUUCCUACUUAGCCGCUCAGGCCCCUUCUUCUUCGUCAGCGGCAACUCCGGAAACUGUCUCAAAGGUCAAAAGCUAGCCGUAACGGUCAUGUCUACGGGACACCACAGCCACACUCCUCGUCAUCCCUCUCCUUCCCCGUCUCCCUCAGCAUCUCCGGUCCAUCAGGCUUUGUCAUCGCCAGCGCCCACUCCGGUCCAUCAGGCUUUUUCAUCGCCAGCGCCUACUCCGGGAGUGGAUCCCUCCGAUUCAGAAGUUCUUGCUCCGGCUCCAGGGCCCGUGGCAGCAGUUCGCAAUUUGGCCGGUUCCGUUGGUCCGGGGGUGGUUUCCCUAGGCUUGGUUCUUGUGAUUAUGAUAAGUUCCAUGGUUUAGGGUUUAUGGAUUGUCUCUGGUCAUAUAAUUUGUGAGAGUAUCAGCUUCUCCACAAUUGAGUUUUAAUAUUAAUGUAUUUUUUAUUAUGUUUGUCAAUCCUUGUUUGUGUUCAGUUAUGAACUUAUGAUCAUGGUAAUGAGUACUUGUAGUAUUCACAUAGCUCAUGCAAAACUUCAUCUAAUUAAAUCUUGGGACGAUAAUGAUAUUCGUUGAAAAGCAUGUACUUUUCUAUAUUCUCCAUUUAUGAUCUGGCCCAUUUCAAUAAAUUUUACUUUUGUAU